AUGGUAUCCCCAUCUAUGCUUAAUCCUAUUAUCAAUGAUCAGUAUACAGCUGCCAGGGCGUACUUCCUUUGUGUUAUUGGAAUGCUUUUCUUUGAGAGCAUGCUUCAUGCUCCAUCAUAUCUGCUACAUCUUUAUAGAAAAGGCCGGCCGAAUACAGCACGUCAGAAACACUGGAAGAUUUAUACUGCCAUACACAAGAUAACAACGCUGCCGUCUGCUGUCCCAUUCAUCACUCGAAAUAACGUUCCCAUCCUCAUACGCCUUUCUGUCUUCACCUUUCUCAACUUCCUCUGGGGCUGGAAUAAGUUUGCUUAUACUACAAAUUACCAACUCUAUGGCUGGCUCACAAUCGCCAACGGUGGUCUUAGCCUGCUGAUGGGGGCGCGUACCAACCUCUUUGCUCAUGUUGCUCGCAUUCCCUCGGCAGUGCUACUUAGGUAUCAUCGCUGGGUUGGUCUAGCGACAUUUGUGCAUGCAACGCUGCACUGCAGCCUCAUCAUACAGCAUUACGUGCAGACGAACCAGUUUUACACGGCUGCUCAGGCGCCUCGUAUCCCCGUGGGCAUAGCUGCGUGGAUAUCGUUGUGUAUCAUUGCAAUCACAUCUAUUCCCAAGAUUUUCCGUCGUCGCUGGUUCGAGGCCUUCUACUACCCGCACUUUUUCUUCCUUGUUUUCGUUGCAGGAGCUUUAUACCACGCGAACAAGGGACCCGAAUUUCUUCUUCCUGGGUUUGGUCUCUGGGUAAUUGAUCGCGGCAUCCGAUUCUACAAUAACUUUCGGGGUUCACAAGUCAAAUCAAUUAUACACUAUUCAGGAGGUGUAACAAAAUUCAACAUCACUGGAGCAGCGCCAUCGCAACCAGGCCAGAUAGCUUGGGUACAGAUCCCCAGCGUGUCAUUCUUCAAUUGGCAUCCAUUUACCAUUGCUUCUGCCCCUGGGCAGAAUGAAACUACGGUUGCCAUCAGGGCGCUUGGUUCGUUCACUAAAAAGGUGCAAAACGUUGGGGAAGAUGAUGCAAAGGUUGCUCAAUCAACAACAACCGAAGGAGGAACAUACGAAGCUGUAUCUACGGAAAUGAACUUUCCCAAACUACAGAUUGAUGGUCCAUAUGGUGUCGGUCACCUGCAAUGGGGCGCACAUCCAGUGAUCGUACUCGUGGCUGGCGGAAUCGGCAUUACCCCCGGCAUCAGUAUCGCGACACACAUUGUGAAUCAAGCCAAAUCAGGACUUGUACCCAUGCCUGGUAGCUGGCAUAUUCAUCUCUUAUGGACGGUGAAGAAUUUUGAUCACAUCUCCUGGUUUGAAGCUGAGCUCAAGAACCUCGCCGAAAUUGCGUCGGACGAAACUGUGCCCGUCACACUAGAUAUUACGAUUCACGUUACAAGUGGCGUGGAAGAAGACAGCGAAUCUGUAAAGUUUGAUGGCAUUGGGGAUAUUUACCAAGGCCGUCCAGAUUUGAUGAAGUGGUUUGAGAACGUGCGAGACGCGAGAAUGGGCAUGGAUGCUUCAGUUAAUCUCUGCGGACCUGCACAGUUGAUACGCAGUGGAAGAAUAGCAGCGUCGAAAGCAAGUUGUGAAGAUAUUCUGUUUCAUGUAGAAGAGGAGACGUUUGAAUUUUAG